UAGAACGUGAUCAGGUUAUUCAUUGCUUAUAUAAUAUGAGUUAACAGUUACGUGCAUUUUGCACAAAACGAACACAGUAGAGUAGAUAUUGUAAUGUUAAGAGACAGAAAUAAACUUGCACGUGAUGUUUAGAUGACGGUACACACACACACACACAGCGAGAGAGAGCCAGGACAGGACUCUGGCUCCUUAGACAAGCAAGCGGUAGAUUUGUUUUGCAAUGCGUACGUCGUUCGCGUGUUUAAUGAAGCCUGUGCUUCAUGGAUAUUUUAGAAGUUCUUGCUCAUGGAGAGUACGCAUAGCGUUUGCCCUGAAGGGUAUAGAAUAUGAUCACGUUCCAGUAAACCUCAUUAAGGAUGGGGGGCAACAGAUCACAGAUCAGUAUAAAGAAUUAAACCCAAUGCAGCAAGUACCUACUGUUACCAUUGAUGACAUCACCUUGUCUCAGUCACUGGCCAUCAUUCAGUACGUUGAUGAAACUCGGCCAGGGCCACGCCUUCUACCUGCAGACCCAAAGCAGAGAGCCAAGGUGCGCAUGAUUUGUGACAUCAUCGCUUCUGGCAUUCAGCCUUUACAGAAUCUUUACGUGGUGCAGAAAAUUUGCACAGAUAAGGUACAGUGGGCUCAGCAUUUUAUCAACCGAGGAUUUGUAGCCCUGGAGUCCAUCCUGAAGCAGACAGCUGGAAAGUAUUGUGUUGGGAAUGAGAUAUCCAUGGCAGACAUUUGCCUUGUGCCCCAGGUCUACAAUGCUGAGAGGUUCAAAGUGGAUAUUAAGCAGUUUCCUACCAUCAAGCUGCUGAACCAGACUUUGCUGGAACUUGAAGCCUUCAAAAUGAGUCAUCCUUCUCAUCAGCCAGAUGCACCUGAUGACCUCCGAAUCUAAAUUUAAUUGAAAUUUGAAUCCUUGAAUAGCUAAAAUGCCACCUCCAAAUUUAACUAAAGCAGCACCAUACAAUCACAAGUCUGGUUUCUUUUGUUUAUUGUUGUUUUUUUUUUGAUUGAUCUUUAAACGAGCUUCUUUGCAACUUCAAGAAAAUACGUACAAACUACAAUUUCUGAACUUCAGCCACACCUACAAACACCUGUGAAUGUGCUGUAAAGUUACAAAGUUAAAAAAAAAAAUGGGGGUGGGGGUGGGUGCCUUCAGAUAAGAAAAAUUAUUGCACAAAAUAAUUUUUGAAGUUAAUAAAGUGUUAAUGAAAAUG